UCCUGCAUAUUUUUCAAUUCUUCGCAGGUUUGAUCUACGAGCUUUUCGAUGGGCUCAAAUGAUGAUAUUUGCAAUUGAGGAAAUUAAUAGAGAUUCUUCACUUCUUUCGAACAUAUCUCUUGGUUAUGAGAUCCUAGACUCUUGUGCAUCUCCCACCAUCACUUUACGUGCUGCAUUAACCCUGGCUAGUCGAUCUGAGGGGAAAGGAUGGACUCCUCCUUGUCUUCCAACUAUUUCUGCUCUUAUAGCAGAGUCUGGAUCCUCUCAGUCACUUGCCAUUGCGACAACUCUUGGACCAUUUCAAGUGCCAAUAGUGAGCUAUUUUUCCACAUGUGCCUGUCUCAGUAACAGAGCAAGGUUUCCUACCUUUUUUCGAACCAUUCCCAGUGAUUAUUUCCAGGCAAAAGCUCUGGCAGCUCUGGUUAGACAUUUUGGCUGGGAGUGGAUCGGAGCCAUACACUCAGACAACGAUUACGGACGAAACGGCCUGCUGGCUUUCACCGAGGAGGUUGAAAAGUUUGGGGUUUGCAUUGCUUUUGUUGGAACCGUUCUCCGUACGUACCCUGAAGAUAAAAUUCUGAGAGUUGUAGAAAUGAUCAAGCAUUCUAAUGUGGAGGUGAUUCUGGCUUUUGUUCCCGAGGGGGAUUUUUACCCUCUGAUGAAAGAAAUUGUGAAACAGAAUGUAACAGGAUUCCAGUGGAUCGCCAGUGAAGCCUGGAUAACAGCAACCCGACCCUCUACACCUGAAAUGUACCAAGCUUUUGGUGGAGCACUGGGAUUUGUGGUGCAGAAGAUGGCUAUUCCAAAUCUAAACCCUUUUCUUACGGCAAUUAGUCCAUAUAAAGAUCCAAAUGCAGCUUUUGUGAAGGAAUUCUGGGAAAUAAUUGUUGGCUGCAGACCUGCUUCACCUGAGAUUGGUGCAAGUGCUGAGAAAACAAAUGGAACCUGCACCGGCAAUGAGACAUUACUGAACUCCCAGGAUGUCUUCUUUAAUGUCUCGGAGCUCAGAGUGACUUAUAAUGUGUAUAAAGCUGUUUAUGCCAUUGCACAUGCUCUUCAUCAGCUUGUUUUCUGCAAAGCUGCAGGAGAAGAAGCAGCCAGGCCCUGUGUGGAUAUAUCUGACAUUCAACCUAAAGAGGUCACCUAUCACUUGCAAAGAGUAAAGUUCAUGAAUCAGUUUGGGGAUUACGUGUUUUUUGAUGAAAAUGGCGAUCCUCCUGCUUCCUAUGAUAUUAUCAACUGGCAGCUGGAAAACGGGCAGGUGCGACACGUGACACUUGGUCAUUUUGCCUCCUCUGGAAAUGGUGAAUAUAGGCUCAGCAUUCAGGAAGAACGGAUUGUGUGGAGGACAGGAGAACAUGUUCCCACAUCGGUUUGCUCUAAUGUUUGCCCGAAAGGAACCCGGAAAGCUCAGAUCAAAGGAAAACCUGCAUGCUGCUUUGAUUGUAUUCCAUGUGCAGACGGAACGAUCACCAACUCCACAGGUGCAGCAGAGUGCACGCCCUGUCUGCAGGAUUACUGGUCUAAUCAGAGAAAAGAUGAGUGCGUUCCAAAGAAAAUUGAGUUUCUGACUUAUCAUGAGCCAAUGGGAAUAGCUCUCACCAUUGUAUCCAUCCUGGGGGCCUUCCUGUCACUGGUUACCGUGAUGGUUUUCAUCCACUACAGAGAAACUCCUGUCAUCAAGGCCAGCAACUCUGAGCUGAGCUGCUUCUUGCUGUUUUCUCUUUUCCUGUGUUUUCUUUGCCCUCUCACUUUCAUCGGCAGACCUACAGUCUGGACAUGCAUGCUGCGCCACACAACGUUCGGUUUGACGUUUGCACUCUGCAUUUCUUGUAUUUUGGGAAAAACAAUUGUUGUUGUAACUGCAUUCAAAGUCACACAGCCCAGCAACAAAGUUGCUAUAAAGUUUGGCCCUGCACAGCAACGAGUGAUUGUUUGCUGCUGCACUCUGAUUCAAAUAGUCAUAUGUGUGUUGUGGCUGAAGCUGAACCCCCCUUUCCCUGAUAAAGUUUUUAAAUACAACAAAAAGAUUGUGUUAGAGUGUAACACCGGGUCUGAGGUGGCCUUUUAUGCGGUGCUGGGAUACAUAGGGGUCCUUGCAGUAAUUAGCUUGGUUCUAGCAUUCCUUGCGAGAAAGUUGCCCGAUAACUUUAAUGAAGCCAAGCUGAUAACCUUCAGCAUGCUGAUAUUCUGUGCAGUGUGGAUCACCUUCAUCCCAGCAUAUGUCAGCUCUCCUGGAAAGUUCACUGUUGCUGUGGAGAUAUUUGCUAUUUUGUCCUCAGCAUUUGGUUUAUUAAUCUGUAUGUUUGCACCUAAAUGUUACAUAAUAUUCAUGAGGCCAGAGAAAAACACCAAGAAGCAAAUAAUGAGAAAAAAUGCUAACAAGAAAGAUGGCCUGAAUUAUGAAGAUUUUUACAAUAAUCAAGUAAGCUCCAGUUAAGAAGCAAUAUCAACAAUUCAAUGCCAUUUUCACACAUAAGAAAAAAAUGACCUGCCAAUAUUUUGUUUCGCACUAUUUCCCUAUUCUUUAUUUAAUAAUCAUCUGGCAAAUACUGAUGUAAUAAUUGUGAAAUAGAAUAAAGAAUAUACCCUAUGUAUGUGUGUGUUUGAUUACAUUUUUACUGGUCUUAGUGGUAUAAAUACAACAGAAUAAAAAAGCAAUUAAAACAAUCAAAGUUCACAAAUGGCUAUUUUUGAUGAAUGUUAGAUUUUAGCCAUGAGUGUUAAAUAGAAAUAUUUAACAAAUAUUUCUAUUUAACAUUCACAAUAUAUUUUCUGCAUAGAACACAGAAUGAGGGUAGUCUAGAAGUGAAAUGGAACAUAUAUUCAUUUAUAUCUAUACCUGCUUGUUUGUGUUCAGGGUCCCAGGUUGGCAGUGCUAAUUAAAACAGUUGAGAACAGGGAAAUGAUAGUAAUGAUAUAAAGUUUUUUCUUUGUAACUUACUUAUGAUUACCUAGUUUUAGAUAUAUGUCAAUGUUGUUUGGCCCAACUGAUUUAAAAACGUUGCUGCAAUGGAUCGAUUGCCAUCUAAAUCCCAAUCUUGACACCCACAUUUAUCAACAAUCAAUUCAACCACUGAUUAGAAUUUCUAAAGAUUUCCAAAAUAUUUUGAUUUCCGUUUUUAAAGAAAUACUGAACUGUUUCCUGUCCCUCCACCCUACUGGUUGAAAGUGGAAUAACAACUGUCAUAAACACCACUGCAGCAGUUAUCGCUAACAACGAGCUAAUGCUAAUGUGAGCAAACUAAUACUAAAAUAAACAACAAAGUAAAAAAAGAAACACUGUUGGACAAAAAAAUGUCAAUACUUACAUGUCCAGUAGCAACAAAGCCAGGUCACCAUCAUUAUUUGAUUUUGGUAGCCUCCUUUAGCUCCCGCAAGCUAGUGUAGGCCGUCAAUGUUCUAGCUCUUUGCUUUGCC